GCGCCGUGACGUCACACGCAUUGCUCAGCAGAAGAGCCGCUGGAGGAAACUUACGGCUGCAGAUGUGUAGCCCGGGAUUAACCGACAACACGAGGACUGAUGGGAAACACACAACGUCAUGAAAGAGGUUGACACUGUCGGGGGUGAGAAAGAUGAACAUUGUGAGGAAAACGAAGAGGAGGCUCCAAUGAGGCGCAGCUUCUCGGUCGAGGACCUCCUCGAUGAGGUGGAGAAGAUCUGUUACGAUGCCUCGGGGACAUCGAAGGUGGAGAUGGUGGUGAGGCUGUGGAAGGACGGCUUCACCGUAAACGACGAGGACUUUCGCAGCUACUCCAUUCCAGAGAAUCAAGACUUCCUGGACGCCAUCAAACGCGG